AUAUGUAUUUUCAUGUCAUAUAAAACCUCAAUAAAACGUAUCCAUUGCUAUAAUGUUCUAGCACUUCCCAAUAAACACCACCAACAAGCAAAAUGCCUUUGGUAACCGAAGAGUUGAAAGCCAAAGCAGAUGUGUAUUAUGGUGACAAAGUUUGCAGGGAGAAGUUCUCUCUAUUGCUGGCAGAAAAAGGUCUACCAGAUGGGUUGUUAACCAUACAAGACAUUGAAGAAUGCGGGCAUGUGAAGGAAAUAGGGUUUGUUUGGCUCAAGCUAGGGAAGAAGAUGGAGAGUAAGUUUGAUAACAUAGUUGUUGGUUAUGAUUCAGUUGUUACUGCUUAUAUGGAACCAAACAAGAUCAAGAAUCUUACUGGUGUUAAGGCUAGAGAUUUCUUGGUUUGGUUCACUUUGAAUGAGAUUUAUGUUAAGCCGGUUAAAGGAGGGUCGUUUAUUACGUUUAAGUCUUUGGUUGGUUUGUCUAUGUCUUUUCCAGUGUCGUUGUUCCAAGAUAGGAAAUUAGAAAGCAAGGAAGAUCAAGUUGUUAUGUAAUAUAAUCUGAUUAUGAUGAUUAUUCAGAUUAGAUUAUGGUUGAUGUGAA